AUGCAUUCAUCACUGUAAACGAUGUCAGUACUUUCUAUCUUCUAAUUAUGUUGCAUGAAUUUGACAGCCAACAUCGCUUUUGUUUGACUAGUAUGUUUUGUUACAAUCUAAUUUUGGCGCCGAAUUAGUGGCUUCAAAUCAGCUCGCAUUUAGCUACAGGCUUCGAAUGAGCUACGCUGCAUUUACCCGGAUGAUGAAAUACCAGUUUGGAUUUAUCUUCGAUAUUUGACGUCAGCUUAAUUAACCGUUUAUUCAUUAAAAAAAUUAACACAGACGCGGGAGAAAAAAGAUGUGUUUAUUCACCGUUUUCAUUUUUGUUUGCCUCGUGGCUAUUUUAGAUGCACAAACAGUAGCAGAUAAACCGAUGGAAUGUUCUUCAGAGUUCUCGUAUUCUCCUGGCGAACAAAACGCAUCCGGACCUGUUGGUGUUAACAUCUUUAUAAACCUAACCGAUCUCCAGGUUCCAAACUACCCGGAUAAAUGGCAAGGUCUAGAAGUGACCAGUUCUUCAAACGGGACCUUCAAUGUUUCACAUGCCUCGAGUGAUGGUUCCCUAAACUCUGGUCAACCGGUUGAAAUUCACUCCCCCGUUUGCAUCUCUUUCAAAGCUCUUGAGAACGAUUCUAAUUUCACCGCAUCGUGCUAUCAACACUAUAAUCAGCAUUCACACCUAAUAGCAGCUCGGUUACUUCACACUGUCACCCCUCCCCAACUUCAGCUAUCGGUUAACGGCUCAGAAUGGAUGAACGUGUGUCAUGAAGAGGACCAAGUCAACGAUACAGUUAUGACAAAUAUCUGCAAAGAUUUGGGUUACCACAACGCGGCUGAAUAUGAAUCCAUGAUUAUGCGUGAGAGCAACAAUCUCGACAGUCUAACCUUACAGUGCCAAAAUGGUUCGUCCAGGAUAACAAACUGCACUGCUGAGAUAGGAAGGUGUAAAUCAGAUAAAGUCAUUUCUCUUACAUGUAAUGCUAACCCACUCGGACCGUUUGACAUUUCAUGGUCUGUAUUCACCAUAUCACUAACCAGUGCCACGGGAUUCCUUUUCUUCAUGUUAAUGGUGUCUCUUUCGGUUCAUAUCUGCAAAUGCUGUAGGCGGAAAGGGCAUUCAGAGGUACUUGUAACCUAUGUCAAUAAAGACAAGUCGUCUUUUCGGAGAGGUCAAUCAGUUAGAAGUCGAACAGCAGACGCCGAUAUCUUGUCGCAACUUCCGACGAUAUCCUACGACGACGUCGAUAAAGAUAGUCCCUGCGGCGACUUCCGUCGGGAGAAAGAAUUCAGGAGCUCCGCUGAAGUACUUUACAUGGAUAUCCCGGAUUGCACGUUUAUUCAAUCAAAGGGCAAAUCUGACAUGUCUGUUGAUCAGAUGUACCAGGUGGACGAAGAAGGAUACGCGAAGCCGCGCAAUGUGAUUGGAGGAACGACAUCGGUAAGGAUACCCGAGAUUGGUCCAAUCACAGACGACCUUAUCGGUCACGUGGACAGACCGAUGAAGAAGCCAAAGCCGACACCGAUUCCCCGCUCUCGGAAGGAAGGCAAAUCCUCAACGGAUGAGGUCGAGUGAAUAAAUGCCUUAGUCACACCGAUGCAUCGAGACGCCAAACCAACCGAUAAUAUGCCAUUGGUGUUAACGUUGUAACUUUUAUCGGUCUGGAGUCGAUUUCGCCAGUGUGACUGAGUGCAAGGGACAUGAUGUUAUGGAGGAUUCAAAGACAUGUCUUACAACUCAAGAAUCCACUUUCCAACAGUGACUUUGCAAUGGUUGAUUUAUAGGUUGAUAUGGACUCUGAUAGAUGAAGCGCAAUUUCUUGAAGAGUUAUGACACUUCAAUGACAUUUCUUGAGAUCAACCGUCUAUACAGUCGGAGACCCUUGCUCAAUUUGUCAAAACAACUUUUUGACCGUUAAAUUGUCUUUGUAAUUUCUGUAUAUUAAAGAUACAUGGGAAAAGUAGUGAAUGUAGCUAUUACUCACACUCACAUUAUUUUGGUUGUUUAAUUUUAGAUUGAACAUGAAAACAUUACAAAAUUCUAUUAUUAAAUUUGCCUUAUACUCCGGAUCCCGUUCUUACAACUGUCAAGACUGGAUGAUAUCGACAUCUUUUUCAUAUAAUAGAGAAGAAAGAGAAUGCAUAGAGGCGAUGGUUAUAUUAAUCUUUUCGACCAGAGGAUAGAUAUCAUGUACUAUACAUAUCUAAUCACUUUUCACGCCUGCACAUGCAGACCCAUUUGGAAAGAUUAUAAGCAUCUCUGGUAAGUAUCAUUUGAGUGUACAAACACCUUUUCUUUCACAGGCAAAGUUUUCAAUCUCCUCCUUGUUUGUUACGUUAUGGCAAAUGUAGUGUAUGGAUGAUAUUCCCAACAGAAUAAAAAAAUGAAAUGAGCAGUGCAUAUGUUUCAAUACUCUUCCUAGCACUUUGAAUAGUCUCCUCAUCUAGAUCCGUUCAUGUCGCUCAGUGCAAUGAUUAAAAAACAAGCUUAAAACCUUUUCAUUUUCUCAACAACUACAUCCAUUUUAUAUGUAUGCUGUUAUCAAUUUGGGAGUAGAACUAUUCAUCGUUAGUUUACAUUGUAGAACGAUUCAUAGAUGAUAUUUACAUAGAAAAACGCUGUAAAAAUGUUACAAUGUAUGUAUGCAUGAAAUCUGAAGAAAUCAAUAAAAGAUCAAAUCAAAGCAAUUGUUUCAAGGAAUGUUCUUUGAUCACUGACCUCACGCAGAGUAAUCCACAA